AUGGUUGACACUUUUUAUGGAUAUCAAGGUACGACUAUGCUUCAUCAUUUAAUCAAGAAUAAUGACCCAAGUCUUUUAUAAAGAUUCUUUGGAGAUGCCCAAGCCAAUAAUUUAUAUCAUAUGACAUUCAUGGGAAAAAGUCCGCUUACCUACGCCUACGAAAAUAAGAAAUUGUAACAUUUGAAUAUAAUCUUGGGAAAAUUCAACAACUUCCCUGAAAGCAUCAUUGCAAGUGAUGAAGAUCUACUGACUCUUAUGGAUUGCCAACUAUCAGCUGGGAAGCAAUUAAUCCUGAAUCUUUUUACUGUUCCAUAAUUCUAUAAGUGUGCACUUCCAUUCUAGGUAGAUUCUAAAUAGUAAAUAGUCUUGGUCCCUUUCGAAAAUAAUAUGAUUGGCUAACCGCUUUGCAACUAAAUUGUAAAUAUGUUUCAAGAAAAGCCUGGAGGUGAGGACAUUGUUCUUUAAAUAUGUUCAAGUAUUUUUGAAUUUGAUUUUGAGAGAGGUUCUCCUGCUAGUCUUAAUUUUCUACAGAAGUAUUCCAAGGAGAGCUCUGAGGAAGUAGUUAGAUCAAACUUAAGAUUUAUUAUUGCGUACAAGUAUAAGGAAUGCUUGGUCUUUCUGAAGUUAACUGGUCUCAGAAAUUACUUUGAUAGCAUUUGGAACUAUACAGACACUAUUGCCUUUAUUUUCUUGUAUAUAGGAAUCAUAAUGUCAUUAUCUGAGGAGAACAACAUAACAGUUUUCUGUUUACUUUUGAGAGGCAUGUCUCAUUUUAGGAUAUUUAGCAGCCUAAGGUACUUUAUCAACAUGAUCAUUGAAAUUAUUAAAGAUAUGGCAAGCUUCUCGAUUAUUCUGGUUUACUGGAUUGUUGGUUUCAGUUUGAUGUUUUAUCUAUUUAGCUUUGAAAAGGAGUAUGGAAGAGAAGAUAGCUUUGAUAUAGAUGCUUCCUCUCUAAAUUUUCUAGACUCUCUUUAAUUUACAUAUAAACUCUCAUUUGGAGAUUUCGACACAGAGGAAUUCACAGUUUAGUAAUGGAUACUUUUCAUAAUUUCGACUUUCUUUAUUCCAUUGGUUUUAUUCAAUUUAAUUAUUGCUGUGAUGGGAGAUACCUAUGAUAGGGUAUAGACAUCAGCUGCUAGUGUUGAUUUAAAAGAACAAGCGAAAUUAGUUUUAGAAGUAGAAGGCCUACUCAAUUUUAAAAACAAAGGAUAAUAGGUAAACUUAAAAAGAUUAUUAAUAUGCCAUGAUGCUGAGUUAGGGGAAAAUGCUCCCGAACAAAUGAUGUGGGAGGGUAAAAUCAAAAUACUUACGAAAAUGAUUCAAAAAGUUGAUGAAAAAGUUCAAGGAUCGCUUAACAUGAAACAAGAUUUAUUUAAUGCUGUUGACGAAGUUAAAUCUAUGGUAAAGUCAAUUAAAAUGAAAUUAGAUCUUAAAAGCCCUUGA